AUGGUUUCGUCUAAUAUUCGAUACAAGUCAAAGAAUGAAAGAUCAAUUGUUUACUUGGUUCAAAUUAGAGAAAGUGACAAUAAUAGGAAAGAUCACGAAGUUGUCAAACAAUAUACUAACUUAAAACCAUUCAACAUGGAACAAUCUCUAAACUCCUUAGUUAUUAACAAUUCACGUUGGGGAAAUGGAAUGAACACUUUGAUCAUGUCUGUUGCCAAAAACUUGAAUACAAUUAAGAAGGAACAAUUAUUUGAUUUGUUGCAUUCUGCUGCAUGUGCUUUAAAGAAACUGCAUGAUGAAGAUAUUGUUCAUGGAGAUAUUAAGCCACAACAUUUGUUGAUUAAGGAUGGUGAUGUGGUGUUAAUAGAUUUUGAAUUUUGUACAAUUCUGGGAAGCACUAAAGGUUUUCAUCCUCCAUAA